AUGUCACACACACCUGAUGGCUCCUUCUGUGCUGCCCCAAGCCAGAGCGACAGGUCUCCACCACGGGCUCCUAGAGAUGAACUAAAUUCACCCCAGCUACUUUUCAGUACUUCGGUUAACAAGCAGCGGGGCCGGGUGCACACGUCCCUUCGUGCCAGGCAGGACUGCCCGCAGGCUUUGCGCCGCGGGUGUGGGACCGAGCCCGUCCUUUGCGCCGCGGGCUGGCGAGGGGGCGAGCGAGCGGAGGAGCUGCUGCUGGUUUCGUCCCCGGCGGCCAGGGCUCCUGGAGCCCGCAGCUCGGUUCCCAGUCAGGCGGAGGCUGCAGGGUUCAUCGGCCCAGCGCACCGCGCCUGUCCGCCCCGGAGAGGCAGGGAGCCCGCCCCAGGAAGGUGCUCGCUGCAGAGCCCCGUGAAUGGCGGGCAGGGCCCCCUGGGCUCAGGUAGCUCCCCAGUGCAGGUUUUCCUGCGGCGGCGGAGUGAGCGUCGAGCCGGGGGCUGUCGCCUGCUCGGGGUCGCCGUAGCGAGUUUGGGAUGGGUGGGACAGCGCGGGAAGUGCCGGGGGUCGCUGCCGGUGCCCCGGAGCGAGAGCCGUGGGGAGAAACAGGAGCCCUGGUGUACGAGAGUCACUAUAAAGCCCAUCGCUAGAGGCCACGAAGGGGAAAACUAUCCUGUUACAAUAGGCUGGGGCUACAGCGUCAAUGUGAUUUACAAAAAUGUAAAAAUAUUUUUGUUACUUUCUAGUGGAAGUGUUAAAGACAUCUUUGUUGGAGCCAGAAAUGGACAAUACAGGCUUUUAAAAAUAAUCAUUGACAAUGAGCAGCUUGUUGUGGGAUCCUCUAGACAGCCAGUUGGAUCAUGGGAAAAAGAUUAUGAUUCCUUUGUCCUUCCCCUUCUUGAAGACAAGCAACCAUGUUAUAUAUUAUAUAGAUUAGAUUCUCAGAAUGCUCAAGGAUAUGAAUGGAUCUUCAUUGCAUGGUCACCUGAUCACUCUCCUGUUCGUCAAAAAAUGUUGUAUGCAGCAACCCGGGCAACACUUAAGAAAGAAUUUGGAGGUGGCCAUAUUAAGGAUGAAGUAUUUGGAACAGUACAGGAUGAUGUUUCACUGAAUGGAUAUAAAAAAUAUUUGAUAUCACAAUCCUCCCCUGCACCUUUGACAGCAGCAGAAGAGGAACUUCGACAAAUUAAGAUUAAUGAGGUACAGGCGGAUGUUGGUGUAGAUACCAAGCAUCAAACACUGCAAGGAGUAGCAUUCCCCAUUGCUAAAGAAGCUAUUCAGGCUCUGGAGAAACUGAAAAAUAAGAAACUCAAUUAUGUACAACUGCAAAUUGAUAUGAAAAAUGAAACUAUUAUUUUGGCCAACACACUUGACACUGAACUUAAGGACUUGCCAAAAAGAGUUCCAAAGGAUGCUGCGCGUUACCACUUUUUCCUGUAUAAGCACACACAUGAAGGAGACUAUUUGGAAUCCAUAAUUUUCAUCUACUCUAUGCCAGGUUAUACCUGUAGUAUACGAGAACGAAUGCUCUACUCUAGUUGCAAAAGUCCACUGUUAGAAAUUGUAGAAACACAGUUGUGGAUGCAGAUAGUCAGAAAGAUUGAAAUAGAUAAUGGUGACGAGUUAACUGCUGACUUUCUUUAUGAAGAAGUACAUCCAAAACAACAUGCUUACAAACAGAGUUUUGCUAAACCAAAAGGUCCUGCGGGGAAGAGGGGAAUACGAAGACUGAUUAGAGGUCCAGCAGAGACUGAAACACCUAGUGAUUAGAAACUGUGUUUGUAUUUGUUAAAAUAUUAGAGUAAGGAACAGAAUUCUGGCUUUUGAUAAUGAACUGAAAUCAUUCCAUUCAUAGAUGCUAGGGAUAAAAAAAAAGCUCUUUUUACUCUUAUCUUUUCUGACCUCAACACUUUUUAUAUUGUUACAUGAUUAUAUUUGUUGACCAUAUUUUAUGACAUAUAGAAGAGAUAAUAAUUUUAAAGCUAGAAGAGAAAAACUAAGCUAGUACCCCUUUAUUUUAAUUCAGAAUCCAUUAUUUAAUAGCUGUACAUGUGAUCAUAACCUUUGCAGACCUAAGACUAUGAAGCCCAUGUAUUCUGUGGGUAAGUCACAGCUGUACUGUUAUGCGUAGCCUAUUAAACCUGUAAGAUUUUCCAUGUGAGAAGACAUGAAGGACUACAUAGUAUUGUUCCAAUUAAAACUUUAUUUUUCCUUGUAGUACUUAUGGACAAUAGUAAAAUAGAAGGUUAUCUUUGGUUUUUGACAGGAUGCAUUGCUGGAUUUUUUUUGUUGUUUUGUUUGGGUUGGUUUUUUUUUCUUGUAAUGGAAAAGAUAAACUAAAAUCAGUUAUUCAAUUAACAUAAGCAUUCAGGAAUAGAUGGAUUUGUACAUAAUAGAAUAAUUUUCCUAGGCAAAAACUUGGUCAUCUCAAAUUCAUAACUAGUUUCAUGAAUUAUUUUUUAAAGAAAUCUGACAUAAAACACCACAGCUUUUCCAGACUUCUGUAUCACUCAUAAACAUUACAUAUUAGGUAACUGAAUGACCAAUUAAAAGGUAAUUAGAAGUCCAUGAGUUAGUAUACUGAAUAGAUUAUAGAGCUACUUCGAGAGCAAUAUGCCUAAAGUAUCUAAUAAGUAAUUAAUUGUCAGUGCACUUGGAUCUAAAAAUAUCUAAGUGCAGUAAAAUUUAAAGUAGUUUUGCUUCAUAACAGUGAGUUACCCUUGAGGUCCUACUGUGUUUGCAGUAUCAACUGCAAUUUUUACUUUCAAGGUAUUCUGAAAAUUUCUUUUCCUAAAUGUUUGAACUUCAAUAGUAACUUACAUCUGUAAUUUAAAUCCAGCUAGGUCUUGAAUAACUGCUGGCAGCAAGCCCCUAGUUCGGAUUUUGAGGUUUUUUCCUCCCUUCUUCAAAAUACUAAAAUCAGCCAGAAAAGUCUAAACUUGGUUGAACUGUAAGGAAUGUGUUUAACAGGAAGACGAAAACCAGAUUAUUUUAAUAAGUGCACUAAGGGAGAAUUAGAUGUGGAAACCAAGUAUAUUAAAUAUUCAGAACUGUGUGAUGAAGGAAAUACUCAUGAAUAGAUUAUAUUCCCAGUGAGGACUUGCUUUUUAAAAAGUGUCUUGUAUGUGACCUUUGUGGUUUUUGAGUUUUCUUGGUUUUGGUCUUUUUUUAAAGCUACAUGGGAUUGCCAGCUUUGGUUCAUUGGAUAUUAUUGUAGCUGGUGGAUAUACUCAUUAUAGCGGUGAAUUGUGUGUUUACCUGGUGGAAGAUGGAUUUUAACCGUUUUGUAGGGAAUAAUGUUUUGACACUAGUAGUUCCUGACAAAAAAUUGUUUUAUCUAUUAUUUUGUUUGACUAUACUAGCUUAUUGAUAUCUAAGAUUGCACUAUAUGUGAAGGUUGCAAUAGUUGGUUUUACUGUGGAUUUUUUAUAUGCAGAAAUUUUUCACUUCAGCUAUUUUUCAUUUAAUUUUACACACUACAUCAGUCCAAUUCAAUAGCUCUUGAUCCUCAGUUAAUAUCCUGCUUGCCAUUAGCUCUUGUGUUCUUUUCCUGCCUCUUGCCUCCUCUCCUUCUUGGGUAAGGAGCUGGUCUUUGAAGUUUUCUUCUGUACUAUGUGUCAGGCAAGUGUCAUUGUUUUUGAAAUAUGGUUACUGUGUGUGCAGCUCGUUGUACACUGCAAUUAAAUGUAUUUUUAGAUUAACUCAGAAUAUUUGCAACACACCUAAAUCACUUUGGAGAUUUUGUUUUGUUUUGGUUUUAAGGGGUGUAGCAUUUAAAAAUUACUGCUAGAGGGUUGUUUGAAUUUAGUAUUCCUGCCCUUGUGCCAGCCAUAGCAAGAGUGCACAAACAUCUACACUUUCUUGAGCCAGUAAAGAAGUUCAGCAUUUUAAGACUAAAUGUUUUAAAUAAUGAACAGUUUGACCUGAUAUGGUUGUGUGCAUGUUGUGGGGGGUUUGUUGGAUGUUUGUUUAGGGUUUU